AAGUAACAGUGUUCCAUAUUAUCGAUACAAAGCAACUGAACUGUUACAAUCCAAAUGAGGAUAAGCUCAGCAAAGUCAUAUGGUUAGGAUAUCAACUACAUGAGAGGGAAAAAAUGGCUACUAUAUUUGCAUUUACUUACAAGAGAAGAAGAAAAACUCCAAAGUGCUUUAUAUAGAAGAAUCUUAAGCAUAUUGUUUGACAGCAAAAGAGGACAUGGAAAAGGGUUUCUUCAAGCUUUACUCCUCUGACAGCGCAAAGCGGCUGUUUUCUUCAAAGAAAAUUCCCACAGGUUUUACCGAUUACAAGAAUGGAAAGUUACCUUGGAAGGUUUCCCUUAGGGAUCGGUUUGGCAAUAUGUGGACUAUAGAAGUGACCAAAACAGGAAGAGAGUUUUAUUUUCAAUAUGGAUGGGUGAAAUUUAUUGAGGACAACACUGUAGAGUUUGGAGACUUUUUUAUUUUUGACUAUGAUGGAAAUGGAAUAUUUGACUUCAAAUUACUUGGAAAAACUGGAUGUGAAAAGAAAGGAGUUGGAGGCUUAAAAUUGGAUGUGAAGGAGGAGGAAGAGGAAGAAAUAAGUGUUGAGAAUCGAAAGAAUGUACAGUCGAAAGCAAAGAACUGGGCUAGUGAUAGCACCAGUAGUUCUUCUGAUGACGAUAGUGAUGAGGAAUGUUAUAUGGUAGAAGAAGAAGAGGAGGAGGACGAGGAAUAUGAAGAGACGGAAAAGGUGCCAUGUUCAAUACAUAGAUAUGUGGCUGUUUGCAAGGCGAGGGAUCGUCAUGACCCACUCGGUACUGAUAUAUUCAGAAGUGGACGUGCAACUCCGCCAAAAAAUCCAUACUUUGUAGCGAAAAUAAUACCAAAAAGAAGAAAUCAACUGUUCAUUCCGCUUGAUGUGGUCAGAGGCUACAAACUGAAACUCCCUUCAAGCAUGACCAUUCGCGACUCUGUUGGCAGAGAAUUUGAGGCAAAAUGCAAGAGUUGGAAGGACGGUAGAAUAUUUUUAACUGGCGGAUGGAGCAGAUUAUGUAGGUGGAACCUUGCGGAAAAAAAUGACUUGUGUAUUUGUGAAUUUGUGAGAGGAGAACGCAACAAAGGCCUUUACUUACAAGUUCAAUUUCUCCAUGAAGGAGCAAGUUCCCAUCUCAACGAGAAAAAUAUUAAUUAGUUUGCUUAGCAUUUUACUUUUUAUGGCCUUACGUUCUGUUAUAUGUUGACAAAUUUUAUAGACUAUCAGUUCUGUUGUUUGUUGAGAAAAAUUGAAGACUGUGUUCUAGUUUAUAGCACUGGGCUGAUGAAUAUUUUAUAUACGCAAUGUCAUUCUAGUG